UAUGCGAAGAUGAGGGGUAAGAAGAACAAGCCCCUCUCCAGCAUCGGGAAGAGGACAGUACGGGUUGUGGAGAAAUGUGUCUCCGCUACUCCUCCUUCCCCGGUCACUGAGCCCUCGAGGAUGGCCUCCCCGACUACCUCGAUGGAAGAAAUCACUCCUCUUUGGAAAAGGCCCUAGGUGGAGGAUAAGGGAAAGGACAAAGCCAAUUCUCGGUCGUCUUCUGUUUUUGACGAUGCUGGCCUUGGAUUGUCGAUGGCACAGGAGUCUUUCUCUAUUGAGGAGCUAAAGGUCUUCUUGAGGGUGCCCUCUCAUGAGAUUGUGGGUCAUCACAUCCAUAAACUCGUUCAGGUGCUAGGGGAGAGUCUUCACAUCACUUCUGAAUACCUUACUCACGAAGCCAAAAUUGCUUCGGCAGUGUCCAGGGUGGAGGCUCUGGAGGCAGAAAAUUCUAAGUUGAAGAAAGAUAUAAUUGUUGUUAUGGACGAAGCCAACACCAUCAAGGAGAAGGUCAAGGCUUUAGGGGACGACUCCAGAGCGGAGAGACAGGUCACACAGGAGAAGGAUGAGUAACUCCAGGCUGCUAAGGAGAAGCUGAAGACCAUUGCCGCCAAGGCCGUCGUGGCUUUCCAACAAAAUGAGAAGUACAAAACUGUACUCUUCAGCUGGUACUACAAGGGCUUUGAGCUCCUUUGUCGGUACCUGGUCAAACAUCCUUCUGGAGUAGACCUCAAGAACUUGGACAUGGAGGUAGUUGACCAGGAGAUGGCAGCGAAUGAGGCCUCCCAAUCCACGACUCCUGCUAAAGAUGCUCCUAGAGACGUUCAUUUGCCCCCUCCUGAUGGUGAUGAUGUAGCUACUGCCUAAACCUGCUUUGUGUUCAUCUACAUAUAUAUAUUGUUGCCUAGUGUGUUUUAGGCCUUUUUUCAUUCUAC